AUGAAUUCAACCCAACGUUUGGACAGCUUUAACGCUGCCUUCACAGGGAAUCUCAGCACCUUCCUUCUCGGCUUCAUCAUAAACUGCAUCAAUGGAGCUUUUGUCUACACGUACUUUAAAAGCCAGGUCUUCCAGAGAAACCCCAGGUACGUGCUGUACAUCCACUUGGUGAUAAACGACAUGAUUAUGCUGACGUGUUCUGUGGUGCUGCAAAUCAUGACCUACACCAUUCCCCUAAGCUUUGCUCCCUGUUGCAUCAUGCUGCUCAUCAUCGUCACAACCAACAAGAACAGCCCUCUGAACCUGGCUGGAAUGGCGGUUGAGCGUUACAUCGCAGUUUGUCGACCUCUUCAUCAUGUCCAGAUCUGCUCGGUGCAGCGAGCCUACGCCCUCAUCGCACUGAUCUGGGUCUGCUCCUUCAUCCCCGCCCUAACAGAUAUCAUCAUCGUCCUCGCCACCCAGCCGCUCUCUGUCUUCUCAAGGACUGUCAUCUGUUACACCACCUUCCUGUACAACACGCCGUACCACAAGGCAAAAAGUGUGGUGGUGCAGAUCGUCCUGUUGUCUUUUGUCUUCCUCACGGUGAUCAUCACCUACCUGAAGGUUCUCUGCGCCGCCCGGGCGGUUUCUGAUUCCAACAAGGCCUCGACCAGGAGCGCCCGCAACACCAUCCUGCUGCAUGGAGUCCAGCUACUCAUCUGCAUGAUGUCAUACUUUUCUCCCUUCAUCAACCUGCAUUUAAUAACCACCUGGCCCCUUGAACGCACCAAGAUCCUCCUUACCAACUUCCUGUUGUUCAAUAUGCUUCCACGCCUGCUCAGCCCGCUCAUCUAUGGGGCCAGAGACAAGAAGUUCAGCAGCCGCAUCAGGCUGCACUUCAGCUGUGCGUGCUCUGUGGAGGAGCGGACGGUGCGGCCCCGGACGAGGUCCAAACAGAUGUUUCACUGA